UUACAUAUUUACAAUGCGUUUAAUAAACGCAAUAUCUUCCUGUAUCGUUCCAAUUUUAUCUAGUGUUCAUUAAAAAAUCAAAACAAAUUACCUAAUUAAAUUCUCGUUUCUGACAAUAAGGUACGGCGAAUAGACUGUAACGAUCAUCAAUACAACAUCUAAACUCAAAAGCAAGCAUGGCAUCCACACAAGAGCUACCACCUUCGACAUCAAUCUUGGAAAAUGAAGACAAAGCAGUAGUGAAGCAGAUGAUAAAAGAGGCAGAGAAACUCCUACUAUCGGAGAAUCCUAACGUCGAAAAUUUGCAACUACAAACGGCUGGUUGUAUACUAAACAUAACCAAAGGAAGUCGAUUGCAUAUUCAUAGUAAACAUGAUUGGUGUGGGCAAAUGAGUGGCCGAGCCGCGCUUCCGGCGGACAUCCCUAUAGGAGGGACGGCCAAGUUUGUGCACUAUGGAGCUCCAUCAAAAGGCUCCAAGGCUGCCGUGGUGUAUGCUAGUGUGAAUAGCGCAUGGCUCUUAGCUUGGUCUAUACCACUUGGUGAUGAGCCUAACAAGGUAUACGUUGAAGAUGGGCCAAAAGAGAACUAUAAAGUCAUAGAUUGGUGCGAAAUAGAAAGAAAAUUGGAAGCAUCCGGCAACACAAGUUUGUACGAGGACUCGUCCACAAAAUGCAAGUCAAUUGCUGAGCUUAGUGAUGGCAAAAAAGCUAAACUUGGUGCCAUGUUCCUCAGUGGAUGAGAUGGCUAGAGUUUGAAAAUACAUGUUGGAGUAAUUAAAUAAAUAAAUACAACAUGUAAUGGCUCCUCCAACUAGCAGCUACAGCCUACAAAAUCUAGAGUCCAUGUUGAAAUCUUGUAUUAAGUAAAUUAAUGGCUCCAUCGGAAAACACAACAUUUGUAUUUCGGCUUUGUUUGGAGAUGCAUUUUAGCUACUUUGAAGUGCUAA